CAGCAGUACAAUAAUCGAUGUAAAUAAUCGAAUAGAAAUCUUGUAUUUCGUGGAGAAUGGCAGUUCACGUUAUAAUUCUAUCAAUUAUCGACCAACAACCACAAUCUGGAACAUAAACAAUAAUUAAAAAUGGCAAGAAAUGCGGAAAAGGCAAUGACAACGUUGGCGCGUUGGCGAGCCGCCAAGGAAGUUGAAUCGGGUGAAAAGGAACGACGUCCUUACUUGGCUUCGGAAUGUCACAGCCUGCCCAAAUGUGAGAAGUUUCGCCUGGAGAUUAUACGUGAAAUAUCCAAGAAAGUAGCACAGAUUCAAAAUGCUGGCUUGGGCGAGUUCCGCAUACGCGACCUUAACGAUGAGAUCAACAAGCUGCUGCGCGAGAAGCGCCACUGGGAGAAUCAAAUAUCAGCGCUCGGCGGUCCACAUUACCGUCGCUAUGGCCCCAAAAUGUUUGAUGCCGAGGGCCGUGAGGUGCCGGGCAAUCGUGGCUACAAGUACUUUGGCGCGGCCAAAGAUUUGCCCGGUGUACGUGAGCUCUUCGAACAGGAUCCACCGCCUCCGCCGCGCAAAACGCGCGCCGAACUGAUGAAAGACAUUGACGCCGAAUACUAUGGUUACCGCGACGACGAGGACGGAGUCCUGAUACCGCUGGAGGAGAAGAUUGAGCGAGUCGCCCUGCAAAAGGCGGUGCAGGAGUGGCGCGACAAAAUGGCUCGCGAUGGCCGCAUUAUUGACGAGGAGGAGGAUGACGAAGAAAUCUAUCCGCUCUCAGGGCCAGCACGCGAAGCUGCCGAAGAUGCCAAAACACGUGCGGCAGAAAAUGAUCCGCUCGGUCUGCUGGCGCCACGUUUCACUGCCCAUGUACCUGUGCCCACACAACAGGAUGUGCAGGAGGCGCUGCUGCGAAAGCGCAAACAGGAGCUAUUACAAAAAUACGCAGGAGUUGCAAAUUAAUUAGAUUUUUAUAAUACAUUU